AUGAAAAGAGGCAGCAUAUAUUUUUUGCUUUCCAUAUUUUUUAUUUUUAACUGCGUCAAAUCAAGCGAUGUACCUUUAAAUGAGCUAUCAGAUAGUGGAAAUUUUGAAAAUGACCAAGAAACCAGUUUCGGAGCUACAAUUGUAGACCAACCUGUUGAAGAGGAAGCCUUUGAUAUAUUCGAAGACCAUGCUGAAAUGUUUAGCAUUGUAAGAGAAAAUAAUGAAGAACUUGAAAAUGCUGAAGCUGGAGAAGUUAGGGAUGAAAAUAGACAUGUUAAUGAUUAUAAUAAUAUACAUUCAAAUAUAGAAAAAUAUAGAAAUUUCGAUAAUAUUGAUGCAGAAAAUUUACAAGAAAGUCUGAAUGACAUGAUGGCCGCAGAAGGUAUGGAUGCAUUGUUAAAUUUAUAUUUUAAACAUAAAGAAGGAAAAGUAGAAGAUAAACAAUUGAUUGAAGAAUUAAAAAAACUUCAAAGUAAUAAAGAAGCAUUAAAAGCUAUAAAAACCUUUAUAACUGAAAAUUAUAACGUAAUUAAACGUCACAAUCUUUUAGAAGAGGCUCAAUCUUUAAAAAAUUUUGAAUCCUUAGCUGAAGCAUCAUUGAGAUUUAUCAAUAAUAUGAUUGAUGGCGAUUUAGAUGAAGAUACAGAAUAG